AUGGCUUUCACUUCUAGUUCACUUCAAAUCAAUAAGGGUUGGGAUGGGUCACUGACACUGGAGAUUCUUAUAGAUACCGAUUCGGAAGGUCCGCGCGGCCGUACUGGCCGGCCUGAGACACCCUCCUCCUCUGCGAACUCGUCUCGUUCUCGGCGCAGCAACCUCUCCCAGCAGGUACACUUUGAAGAGCCCGAGAUGUGCAACCCACUGGCAUCUCCCCGUUCUGACGUGACUGUCACUGCAGUCCCAGUGCCUGUGCCUGACAAGUCGACCAACCCUAGGGUUGGCGUGCCUUCGACGAGUGUUUCAGAGAGUAGUGUGCAGUCGUUGGACCCGUUGCCCGCUUCACAUGACAAGCGCAACGCGUUCUCCCAACGCAAAACAAACGUCUCUGCUCCCCCUCCCUCCCACCUUUCUCGUCCUUCCCUCCGUUCUUCCCUCCGUUCGUCUCUCCGUUCUUCUUCCAUCCCCCCUGUUCCCCCCAUCCCCGCCUCCAUCCUGAAGAACCGACCUGGCAACAUCGCCAUCAGCGAACUCAAACCUCGCUCUUCUUCUGCCCCACCAUCUCCACCCAAGAUGGCUGACAGUCCCAAUGUUCCGGAGGGCAACAACAAGCCACUCCCAGUGUCUCCCUCCACCAGAUACGACCCGCACACACCCAGCCCUCGUACACCCAUCUUCAGAAAGGAUGGCAUGCGCCGUCCCAGCCUCAGUCCUUUAGAGCGCGCUACCGGUGCCAGUUCUACCGGUGUCAGUCCUUCCACUCAUCGUUCCAGCUUGACCCUCAAGGAUCUUCCUGAGGCUCUCCGGUCUCUCCAGUACAAAUAUGAGACAGACUUCAAGCAACUGUCAAAGAAGAUCGACAAUAUCGACAAGGUCGAAAAGAAAGUUGAGGACUUUGUCAUGAUGACCCGGGACUACAUCCAGGACCAAAUGGAUGCCCAACUUGAGCGCCAGUCCGAGGUGACCUUCGAGCUUACCAAGGCAAAACUUGACGCGACUGAAGCCAAGGAGCAGGUCGAGGAGGUUAAGGAGCAGGUCGUGGAGAUCAAGGAGCAGAUCCACGAAAUGCGACUCGAAAUCAACGGACUCACCUCGUCUUUCAAUGACCUGAGUGCCAAAGUCGACAUGUGUCUCACUGGAAUUUAUGACAACACCGAAGAGCCAUUCGUGGUCUACCAGCGUCGCAAGAACACAGAGAUCGACGAAGAUAUUCAAGACAUCGGAGAUACAACCGUCGAGCAGGCAGCGCAGAUUCUCUUCUUGAGACAAAUGUUGAUUCGCAUUCAAGUCGCACUCAGAGUCUUGCAACGCGAGCACGGUCUGAACAUUUCUGAUGAGGUGGAUAAGAUUCUUCCUCCCACCCCUUUCCCUGUACGCGAUACCGUUCCACCCACUGGCAUCUUGAGAACUGUUGCCUCCGGGUCUGCAGCAACUCCGACAGCACAAGCCGCUACUCCAGCAAAGGGCCCUGCUCCAGCAAAUGCCCCUGCUCCAGCAAAUGCCCCUGCUCCAGCAAAGAGUGCCUCGCCACCAAAGACCGCUCCACCACCAAAGACCACUCCUCCCGCAUCAGCUACUCCGCCAGCAUCGGCAUCGGCAAGUGGAUCGGCAACGAUCACUCCACCAGGGUCUUCCACCGUGAAGCCGAGCUCGAUUCCUCGUCGAUCCAAGAAAAGGAGCUCGAAGAAGUCCUCCAACGCAUCCAUCGGGUCUACUGUUGCGAAGGAGACCUCCACCACAGAGGAAGAGACGGCUCCCCCUGUGCCCACCCUUCCCCACGGGAUUCGCCUCCCACUCGAUGCUGUCCGGGAUGCACCCCCCAUCCCCCUCGCCAACAUUCACCCGCUUUUCCGGGCACAAUUCAGGGCCGGAAAUGCAGAGGGCAUCCCGGCGGCCGCUAUCCUCCGGACCGAGGAGCCUUCGGGCCCCGGUUCCCCAACUGAGACUCGCAAGGACGAGGCCCGCAAGUAA